AUGACUCGUCCGCAGGUGAACCACCAGGCCUGGGAUUUGGAUGACUUUCUCUGUGAUCUUUACAUUGCCAUGGAUGUGACAUGUAGUACCUCUUCCAUCCUCAACCUCGUCGCCAUCAGCAUCGAUCGAACUUUUGUUAGAACCCUCGUGUAUGCAGAGUUUCGCACUUUUGAAGCGCCCCUCAGGCGAAUAGAGAAGACGAUUAGCGGAUGGAAUGCGGGAUGGACGUGCGAGCAAAAAUUUCAUAACCGGAGCACCGGUGUUUGUCUUCUUUUUCCUUUUUCUUCUAAUAUUCUUGCUGGGGACGCGAUGGUGCCAUGCGGGGCAAGGGCAUUUCAAUAUCGGACCCCGUCGGGGGACGGAAAAUGUGAUGAAUCGUGUCCGAUGCGCAGGUACAUCGCAGUGACGAGGCCGAUAAAGUAUGCUAAGCACAAGAACAACAGCAGGGUCGCUCUGACGAUCGUGCUAGUUUGGGCGAUUUCAGCGGCCAUCGGGAUUCCGAUCGUGACCGGGCUUAACAACACGCCGGACCGGGACCACAGCAUCUGCGCCUUCUUCAACUCCGACUUCAUCAUCUACUCCUCGCUCUCCUCCUUCUACAUCCCGUGCAUCAUCAUGGUCGUGCUAUACUUCAGAAUCUUUAAAGUGAGCGUUUCCUCUCCACCUCAAAGAUGUUUUGAGCAAUGA